CAAUGAGCUGGAAUAUGUUGAUGCACUUGAAACAUCAUUGGAUAUAAUAGAUGAAAUAAUUGUAGGGAGGACAGAAGAAAAGAGAAAACAAUUGAUUCAUUGCUUGAGGCCAUGUCACAAAAGAUCACCAUCCUUCCUAUACAUGGUAUUGGAGGCAUUGGCAAGACAACUUUUGCAAGAUUGAUUUACAAUGAUCCAAAGUUAAAAUGUUAUUCUCAUGUAUGGGUUUAUGUGUCCCAGAGAUUUGACUUGAAUAAAAUUUGUGAGUCUAUAGUUUCACAGCUUUCAAGGAAAGAGGUGCAGGCUAAUGAAGGACAGAUGACACAUUGUAGCCUCACGGAACUACUUUCUGGUAAGAAGAUUUUGAUUGUUUUAGAUGACCUAUGGGAGGAUAAUCAGUUCCAGCUGCAGGAGUUGAAGGAUAUACUAUAUCAUGAUCACAGCAACAUAAUUAUUUUUGUAACAACACACAGUAAACAUGUUGCAGAGAGAAUAUGUACUAACCUUAACCCAUACAAGAUAUUGCCCUUAACAAAUGACAUGUGUUGGGAUAUAAUAAAACAAAUAAGUGGUUUUGAAGAUAGAGAUGACAAAGAACAGUUGAAGGGUAUAGGAUUCGAGAUCGCCAAGAAGUGUGGUGGUGUGCCUUUAGCAGCUAAAUCUCUUGGCUUCACUUUGCGGUCAAUGAAUUUUGAUCAAUGGAUGAAAGUUAAAGACAGUGAUAUCUGGAAUGAACUUGUUUCAAAGGAUUUAUCUUUGCCAAAUCAUGUUCUUGCAUCUUUGAAGUUAAGUUAUAGCUAUAUGCCUCAUCACUUGAAGUCAUGCUUUACCUACUGUGCAACCUAUCCAAAAGGUCACAAGAUAGUUAAAAAUGAUCUUAUUUACCAAUGGAUUUCUAUGGAUUUCGUCAAGCCAACAAAAUUACUCUCGAAUAUGCAGCAAUAUGAAAAGUAUAUUAUGCAGCUCCUAGGACUGUCUUUUUUUCAACAACCAGUGUCACCUAAGGUCAGCGGGGUUAGCGACUUCUUCCAGAGCUUGCUCGACUGCUUCUUCUUGCUGCUCUCCUGA